AGCUGCUGGGACAUCCAGAAAUCACAAUUGCUUUGGCAAAUCUGUCCUGCUCACAUGCAUCAGCAUAUGUUAAGGAGUGUGGCACUAUUGCCAGACAAGACACACAUCUUGAUAUCCAAUCUAAUGACUGGCCUGGACCUGUAUCCUGUGGGCCACUCUGUCAUAUCCUUAUCAUUUCCAUUCCCAUGUGACUCUUCUAAUGGAAAUUAUCCAUGUGCUAUCGAUUUUGUUGAUUGUGGUCGAGAGGUGGUCAGUGGAGCUACUGAUGGUAAGGUAUGGGUGUGGUGCACAAGAACAGGAACACAAGUCCAAACUCUUCAUCACAGAAGUGUCAUGGUACAGGUGCUGUGUAGUUUCCAGGGCAGGAAUUACAAUUUCUUAGCAACAUCUGCCACUGGACAUGGCACAUGCAUGACCAUCAAACUCUGGAAUGCAAAAACAGACAUGGACAUCAAACAUGCU